AUGUAUCUUGCCAAUUGUACACGUCCUGAUAUUGCAGUUUCCGUUAACCUUUUGGCAAGACAUCGUUCUGCUCCAACUCGAAGACAUUGGACUGGUGUGAAACGAAUAUUUAAAUAUCUUCGAGAAACAAUGGAUAUGGGUUUGUUUUAUUCUAAAAACUCAAAAAUGGAAUUAGUUGGUUAUGCAGAUGCUGGAUAUCGGUCUGAUCCCCACAAAGGUAGAUCUCAAACAGGUUAUGUAUUCACAUAUGGUGAUACCGCAAUAUCUUGGCGGUCUACAAAGCAGACUCUUGCAGCAACCUCUUUAAAUCGUGCUGAAUUAUUGGCACUACAUGAAGCUAGUCGGGAAUGCGUGUGGCUAAGAUCUUUGGUCCAUCAUAUUCGGGAAUCAUGUUGUCUUUUAAUCAAUAAAGGAAGCCCUACUGUUUUAUUUGAAGAUAAUGAAGCAUGCAUCACUCAGACUCGAGACGGUUGCAUUAAAGGUGAUAGGACAAAGCACAUUGAUCCAAAGUUCUUCUUUACCCAUGAACUUCAACAGAGGGGUGAAAUUGAUGUUUGUCAGAUUCAAUCAUGUGAAAAUCCAGCAGACUUGUUCACAAAUACGCUUCCUACAACUCCUUUCGAGAAAUUAGUUCACAAGAUUGGGAUGCGUAAAUUUAGAGAUUUAUGUUAA